AUGGUCCGUUUCGUGACUCCGCUCCUGGCCCUCUCGGCCCUCUCGGCCACCGCGCUUGCAGCCACCACCACGACCUGCAGCACCAGCAGCCAGUGUCCUGAAGACAAGCCCUGCUGCUCUCAGUAUGGCGAGUGCGGCACUGGCGCAUACUGCCUCGGUGGUUGCGACAUCCAAUCCUCCUUCUCCAUUGACUCCUGUGCCCCCAUGCCCGUCUGCGAGAACAAGAGCUACACUUGGGACAACCUGGACAACUCCAUCCUGAACACCAAGUACCUGGGCAACGCCAGCGACGCCGACUGGACCUACAGCGGCUACCCCAAGACCGAGGAUGGCAACCUGCUCAUGACCAUGCCCAAGAACAGCGUGGGCACCCUGUUCGCCAACAACCACUACAUCUGGUACGGCAAGAUCUCCGGCAAGAUCAAGUCCUCCCGCGGCCAGGGUGUCGUCACGGCCUUCAUUCUGCUCUCCGAUGUCAAGGAUGAGAUCGACUAUGAGUGGGUCGGCGCCGACUUGACGGCCGUGCAGACCAACUACUACUGGCAGGGCGUCCUGGACUGGCACAACAGCGGCAACGCCUCCGUCGCGGACAAGGAUACCUUCGACGACUGGCACACCUACGAGAUCGACUGGCAGCCCGACCAGACCCAGUGGAUCGUGGACGGCGAGGUCAAGCGCACCCUGCUGAAGUCCGACACCUGGAACUCGACGGCCAACCGCUUCCAGUACCCCCAGACUCCCGCCCGCCUGCAGAUGUCGAUCUGGCCCGCCGGCUUGGCCAGCAACGCCCAGGGCACCAUCGACUGGGCCGGCGGUGUGAUCGACUGGGACAGUGAGGACAUCCAGCAGAAGGGCUACUACUACGCCACGAUCGGCCAGGUCGACGUCGAGUGCUACUCUAUUCCUGACGGCACCGUGCAGUCCGGCAACACGUCCUACGUGUACACCGACGCGGCCGCAAUGGUCAACAAUAUCGCCGUUACCGAUAACUCCACCGUCCUCGGCUCCCUCGGCGCCACCGGCCUUGACAUGACGCUCGGCGCCAACAGCAGCAGCGCCACCUCCACCGGCAGCGACAGCGUGCCCACCAGCAACGGCGGCUCGGGUGGCAUGGCCGGCAACAGCACCGGCUCUACCUCGGGCAGCUCGACUGACAGCAGCACCUCCUCCUCGGCCACCAGCACGGGCUUCAGCCAGGGCACCGACACUAGCAGCAAGGGCAACAGCGCGCCCGCACAGGGUGAGCGUGUCCUGCGGGGCUCGCUGUUCGCGGUUCUCGUGGCCGUGGUCGUUCUAGUGACGCAGUAA